CAUUGGCUAGGUGUCUUACCAUGUCACGUGAUUCGUUCCCAUGGAAAUUGUACACGGAAAAGUACACAGGUAGACAGUGCUAAGAGAAAAGGAGUCCGUCGGCUGCUUGCAGCCUCCCAUCCCUGGGCAAGUAUAUAUGCAUGAAUAAUCCGUCUAGGAGAAAAUCACAGAAUUUCGCUCAACUUUUUUAGACAUGGCAUCGGAUGUCCUUUCUGUGACAACCAUGCUGUCCUCACUUCAGCCAUUGCAAUCGCCACAUGGAAAUUUUGGGAGACCCUUGAAGCUCAAUCCUAUGAAGAUGCUUCCACACAUUGACAGCAUUAAGAUGCUGGAACCAGGCCGCAAGAAGCUAACCUCAAUAGAAACACAGAGGGUGCUGGCGGUGCUUGAUGAAACUAUCAAAAAGCUAGAGCUGGUCAGUCUGUUUCAUUAUGCCAUUGAAAAUUUGGAUAGAUACAGUGUUGUUUUUAGUUCUGAGCUGACGGGAGCAUUGCGGGAGCACAAGAGGCUACAGGAUAACAUGCACAGACACCUUCAGCGUAUGAACAGUGGAGAAGACGAGUCCAGCUUCCAAAGGGAGAGAACAAAUCUGGCAGAAAGAGCUGGCGUACAGUUUGAUAUCUUUCGUCAGGGUGUUCAGAGCUCUGUGAGGAAUACUCUGAGGUUAUUUUUGACCAAUCCAACGGCCUGUCAAGCAUUACGAUCAGAGGGAAAUGUCAGGGAUCAGGCUUCGCAGGCAAUGAUCCACUUUCUGACAGAGUUGAGGGCUUUUCUUUUUGAGAUGCUCCUCACCAGCCCACUAGAGCAGAAUGAGAGAAUGCGUUAUCUCCAGGAGAUUACUCUACGUGACCACAAAAACAGAGGGGUUUUGAUGGCUUUGGAAGAAGAACUGAAUGCAGCUAUCCUUGACCGUGACACUGAGAUUGCCAAGAGAAAUGAGAUUAUCCGACAGCUUAAGAUCAACCUGCAUCAGCUGGAAAAGUUUUCAGAAAAUCAGGUGAAGCGCACAAUGCAGGAGGCGGAAAAGCAGCAGAAGUCAGACUGCCGAUCCUCAGAAGGGAAAAUGGCCAAACUUCAGCAGGAUUUGCAACAACUCAGAUCACAGCUCAGUGGUACAAUUGCGGAGAACCGUGAGAUAGAGCUAAGUCUUAGAAAGAAAAAAUAUAAAGUGGAAACUGAGAUUGAGAACUGGAUACAGAAAUAUGACAGCGACAUGGGAGAAAAACAGGCAGAGUUAGAGGAACUGGAUGGUAUGUAUGAAGAGGAGAAGACUCAGCUGGCAGAGCUGAAAGAGAAGCUGGCAGUCCUGGAGGUCGAAUAUGUCCAGAUCAUGGAGGAAAGACGACAGGCCCAGCUGAGGAAAGAAGAAGCAGAAAAGGAGCUGGCCAGCAUGAACCGGGCGGCAACCAUUAUCCAGGCACAUUGGAAAGGCUACCAAGUUCGCCAGUCAUUGAAGGGCAAGAAAAAGAAAAAGAAGAAAGGAAAAGGAGCAGGAGGAAAAGGGAAGGCCAAAAAGGGCAAAAAAUAGGAGGAUGUACAAUACAGUAUAGAGGAAAUCUAGUAUGGCAAACGUAUCAUUGCAUUUCAAUUUAUAACGUCCUUUCAAAUCCCCCUCCUCAAUUACAGCGCUCAUCUCCCCACCUGUAUAGAGCUCUUCAUGUCAUACAUUUAACAUACACACUAACAACCAAACGUUUGACAAGAACUAUUUCUGUACAAUAAAAGAUGCCUCUAUUAACAAAAUGUUGCUCUGUUACAAAGGUUUGCCUAU